AUGAAAAAAACAACAACAACAAUACUUUCAAAUUUAUUUUAUCGUCAACAGUCUCCUCCAAUUUCUUUAAGAUUUAUAACAACAAAUAAUUUAACAAAUAAAAAUUCAUUAAUUAAAUUACCAACAAUUAAAAAAGUUUCUGGGGCUGUUGGGGCAUUAACUUUAUUAUAUUCUUUAAAUAUAUUACCUGAAUGGAGACAAUUUAGAGAUCCAAAACAUUAUUACUCUAAUUUGUCGGUUUCUCCAGCAGAUGGAACUGUUUUGCAUUUUGGCAAAGUAAUUGAUGGACGUAUUGAAUGUGUAAAAGGGCAGGAUUAUGAAAUAAAUGAAUUUCUUGGUCCAUUUAAUAUAAAUAAAAUAAAGGAGAAUAAUUCCUUAUAUCAAUUAAUUAUUUAUUUGGCCCCCGGUGAUUAUCACGCUUUUCAUUCCCCAACAAAAUGGAAAAUUUUUGAAAAAACUCAUUUUCCCGGUUUUUACCAAUCUGUUAGGCCAACAAAUUUAUUAAAAAAUCCAAAAUUAUUUUGUCAAAAUGAAAGGAUUGUUUUGACUGGAGAAUGGAAAUUUGGGUAUUUUUCGAUGACUCCAGUAGCAGCAAUGUUUGUUGGAAAUAUUGUUAUCUUUGAUGAGCAAGAAAAAAAUAGAAAAUUAAAAGAAAAUACAAAAUUUGCAAUAAAAGGAUUGUCUGUAAAUCCUGGAGAAAAAAUUGGAGAAUUUAGAAUGGGGUCAGCAAUUGUUUUGAUUUUUGAAGCACCAAAAAAUAUUAAUUUUUGUAUAGAAGCUGGACAAAAACUUAAAUAUGGACAAAAAUUGUUAAUUUAA